UGGAAAGCUUUCAAGUAUGACAAACAGAAGCUGUCAUUAUUUGCUAUUUAAUUUUUUCGAAUCGUAUCCGCUCACCAUAUUCACCGACAUACGCACGGAAAAAAAGAAAAUUCUCGUUAUCGCUGCUGAGUCGAAGUAUGCGAAGGGGUUUUUCAAAAUUUGUAGAUAGAAAUUGGACACAGGAAGAUACCGAAGAAUACUCCAUUGGAGAUAUCGACUUAAUUAACUUAAGGCUUAACUUGCCUGCUGACAGUCCGCGAAACAGAAAAAUCGAUAGAGGAUCAGGAGACAUUUACAAUUCAGAAAGCAAACAUUAUAACACUCUUGAGCGCCGAGCCUCUCAAACUGUCAGCAAACAACGAUCUUUGCAAGGUUAUGAGACUAGACCACUCCCAAGACAGACAAAUCUUCGGGCGGAUGCUGAUAAUAAGGUCGAGUAUCUCUAUACGAGAAACGACGAUUUCCAGAAAGUUGUAGUACAAGAACCCAUCAGCGAGGACCAUUUUUUAUUUCCCACUAAAAAAAAACUCCGAGGCAGUACUGCUUCGAGCAUUCAACAGCAAGUCCAAAGGAGAUUUGAGAGCAUCCCUUGCUCUGAAUCACAAUUAGACAAUUCUAUCAGCGAAUUUCCGUUUAAAGUAACCCCUAGUGGAAACCUAAAAGUUGAAUCGUCCCAGGUAAUAUUUGCGUCAAAAAAACUCAGUGUGCUUGUGGCAGACCCAAAAAACACCAAAGUGAACAUACAUCCGGAACCGCAAAGGAUACGCGCCAAAAUGUCCAGAGAAAUGGGCCAACCCGAACCGUCAGAGCGUCAGAAAACCCCAAACUCCCCCAUGAUGGAAAGUCUCAUAAACCAUGCAGGAGGGAUUUCCACACUGGGAAACCUGUUAGGGGGGAUUUCACCCGUAAGAAGCCCCAUGAAAGAAGCAUCGGAAUACGAAAGCAAAGAAACUUGCGAAAUUUUGGACCCGGAACUGGAUUUGGGUCGUUUGGGUUACAGUAGCGUCCAGGAAAUCGACUGGGACAAAGCCAAGUUGCCUGAGAAGAAGAAUUUGUAUUUGGAGCUGUAUCAUAGGAUCACCAAUAAUACAAAUGCAGAUUGUAAAGUUUAUAUCGACAAUGAAGAAUUCAGUUGCCAUCUAAUUGUGCUCCAAUGUUACUCCGAACUCUUUGAUGCUUAUGUAGCAGUUAAAAAGGUGGAACUGCCUUCGGACAAGUGCAGCGUUUCAACUUUCGCUUUGAUAUAUGAAUGGAUGAUUACGGGAGAGCCCUCGUACUUACACUUGAACAGGGGAAAUGUACUUGACAUUUUUGUUUCUGCACGAUAUCUCAGGAUUAAAGACCUAGUUGAACAGUGCUGGGCGCUUAUAGACCAAAUAGAUGUAUUCAAUGAAGACACCGCAUUUCUACUCUACAUGGAUGCCAAAAAGCGAAAUCUACCGGAAGUUAUGGAACUAAUGCUUCCGAGGAUUCAGAAUUUCUUCUUGAUGCUGGUCAGCUCCCAGGAUUGGUUGGAGCUUGAUGUAGACGAUAUUAAGAACCUUCUUAGUUCCAACUACAUCUCUGUUAAUUGUGAAAUGGAGAUUUUCAUGUCAGCAGUGCGCUGGCUGAAGCACGACUGGCAGGAGAGGGACAAACAUAAAUACGACGUGCUAACCUGCGUGCGAUUCGGAAAUAUCGCUCCCUGGCAGCUGGUGGACAUCAAAAGAAACCCGGAAAACCCUGAUUUUUUGCAGCUGGCCACUGAUCAGAAGAUUUGCAAGAUGAUUGACGAUGGACUCUCAUUUGUGAUAAUUAAAUACUGGUAUGGACAAGAAAAGGAAGACUUCCAAUACUGGAACACCACAUUAGGUUUAACCGAACCUUUGGCACGAAACUGGGCCGGUCCGGACAAAACUUACUUCACAUUUAGGGAGUUUUUGAUUUAUUUGGACCAGUAUCGCAGGUCACAGCUUAUUGAGAAGAAUAAGCCGAAAAAUUUGGACAAAAGCGACAAGAAUAAGCCUCAGGAGACCAAAUAUACAGCUCCGAAAUUGUCGCCUCGUAUACCGACCAUGGACGAGUUCAUGAGCAAAAAGGUCCCGCCCAAAAAAUUGAACAAAAUCAUAUCUUAGAGUCAUUAUUUGAGAAUAUUUAUAUCUAUGUCUAUAUUUUUCAUGUACUUUGUGCGAUUUAUUAUCUUAUGAUUGUCUUAAAUAAAGCAAUAUAAAUAAA